CCCAUCUUUUACCAAUUGUGUUUUGUUCAAAAUCAUCAUUAAAAGAGGGGAAAGGGGGUAAAAGAUGGGGUGAAAAAUCGCUCAAAAAAAAGAAGAGGGGGUGCAAAAUCGCACAAUUGACAAGAAGAUAGGGGGCAAAAGUGCAACUAAACACAAGAAGGUCCAUCUAACCAGAAAGGGGGCAAAAAGAUGGGGUGCAAAAUCGCUCAAAAAAAAAGAGGGGGUGCAAAAUCGCACAAUUAGCAAAAGUUAGGGGGAAAAGUGCAAUUAAGCCUUUAAUCUAAUAAAAUCUAAAUGAAAUUGAAUAGGUUAUGAGUGUCUGCAUACUUACUAUAUAAGUGGUUACUUGAGAUAAUGAAUAGAAUCUAAGAUAGUUCAAUUUUAAUUAUGUUGUUUCCUUCGUGAUUUUUUUUGCUGGAUGCAUGUUAGAUUUUUCCAACCCUAACAUAGAUAUAAGUUGUGGUAUUUUUACUCGUAGUAAUAGUCUCUGUAUGCAUAGGCAUCCAACAUUAGAUCAAUGCAAUUAGCUGCAUACAAGGUGUCCAAAAAAGCUUAUUCCUCUUCUCCAUCAAUGUUUGUCCAACCAACUUGUAGUUUGUAGCAUUGUUAAUUACAAUGUGGACAACAUUUUCUUGACCCACUUCCUCAACAUUGUCAUCCAUCAUUUUUAAAACUUUAUGAGCUUUCUUUGAAAUGGCGGAAGUAUCAAUUGAUUUUAAAAAGAAAGUUCCCAUGGGACUCUUUACCAAAAUGUUUAGGAUAGUCCUCCUUCUCUGGUUAAUCUAGCUAUUAGUCAUGAUUGUGAAACAACAACAUCAGCUAUCAAGCUCGGCUACAUGAAUCAAACAAAGCCAUAAUGUUCCAUCAUAUUCACACUACUACGUAUUUGAUCCAUGUCAUGAUUCAGUCAAGUUUUAGCAAGGCUCCAAUCUGCAACCUUUGCCUUAUUGUUCCAAUGCUCUAACCAACUGAACUUUGACUCAUGAUUGUACAUAUAAACUUUGUCCAAGAAACUUUAUACUAUUCCAAUAUGCUAUGUGUAGCCUCAACAAUUUUCUUCAAAUGUUUAUCUGUAAUGUCAUGGUAAGAUGGUGGCUAUAUCCAAUACCAAACUGACCAAUCAUUUCACAUGUCUUUAUUAAUUCUUCACCCUUUAGAACAUUAAAGGGAAUAAUAUUGUUGUAAACAAAUGUUGCAACUUUUAGGUCAGUAUCCUCCUUCAGUUUCUUCAAAGCUUAUAUCCAAUAUAAAAAAAAAAGUGCCAUUUUAGACACAUAAUAAUAUAAUAAUAACAAUAAUAAGCAAUAAUAAUAAAAGGAAAUAUAUUAUGCUAUAUUAUUAUUAUUAUUAAGUAAUAAGUAUAAAUGUAUUUGGUCCCCGUGAGCUCAACUCAGUUGGUAGAGACAUCGCAUUUUAUAUACAAGGGCCGGGGUUCGAACCCCGAAAACUCCCCACUUAUUUACCUUAAGGGUGAAGCAACUACGCUACUAGACCAAUUUCUUUUAUAAAAUGUAUUUGUUUAUAGAUAAGUAAUUGCGGUGUUUUGAAGUAUUUUCCACUUAUAUAUAUAUUAUUAUUUUUUUAUGCAUAAAUAUGGGAAUUUCUGAAUUUGGUAGGGUCCGUGUUUGAUUUCGCGAUUUAUGAAUUUUCUAUACUCAAAUGAUCUUAGGUGGGAUCACGAGUUUGACUGUAGGAAUUAAGUUAGGGGCCUUAUGGUCAACACAAACUGUAAGGAAAAAAGAUGAGGGAGGGUCGUGCAUCCGUUAUAAUAGAGGCAUUUUAUAGUAGAUUCACAAAACGAAGAGAAGAUUUCAAGCCAUUUUCAAGUAUCUUGUGAAACUGCUUUUUAUGGUCAACAGUAAUUAAAUUAAAAAGACCAAGGACUUGUCAGUAGUUGGCAAAAUUCAACGGAUCAUUGGCUUACUUUCCAGUUUUUAAAUUUUCUUUUAAAGUUGAAAUAAAUUAAUAUCAAUCAAUUUAUAUUAAAAAUUGUAUCUUCCCUUUUUUUUCCAAAAAGGGGAAAAAAGAUAAACAUCAACCCAAAUACAAUGAAAAAAUAACAUUAUUUUAAAAAAGCAUUUUUUUUCUUCAAAAAAUAUCCUAUUAUUUUAAUGUAAUCAAAUUAUGUAGUAUUGAAUUAACAACAAUUUAUCUUUUUUUUUUUGUUGAUUAUUGAAUUAACCAGAUCUCUACUCAACAUGAAUCGAGACCGGUAAAUCAAAGACUACAAAGGUGCCGUAUGUAGGCGGAACACCCAAAAUAAACACCAAUAUAAUCAUCGUCUAACUAAUGCCUGAACCUUCAACACCCAAAAGAACCACCACCACCAAAAACCAACUUCACCAGCUAAAUCAAACUCCAAUGCGAGCAACCACCGUAUACAAAAUUCAUACACACCCAUCUCCACUACUCACACCCAAAAAAACUCCCCAAAUCAAGCAACAUCUUCACCUCAUAGCUGAGCCACACCUGACCUAUUCCAACACUCAUUCGGCUUCCACCACCUCUCUACCCCCGGUCCACCGAGGAAAAAACACCAAAUAAGACCAAACAAAACUUGAAUCAAAGCACUGACGUGGCGUGUCAAAAUUGCCUUUAUUAAAUUUCCAAGAUGGAAAUUUAUUAAAAUACCUUUAUUAAAUUUCCAAGACAGACGUGAACAAAUUUCUUAACCAUAAUUUAUACUUUAAGUUUUUCAUCCAAAAUAUUAUUAAAAAAAAUUAAAUUCCCAUUAUUUACUUUAUUUUUCAUUAUAAAUGUGUUUUUCAUAAUUUAUUUGGGGGUUUUUGUUCCUAGUUUACUAGAUACAUUCUUGGUAGUCCUCGUGAGCUGAGCUCAGUUGGUAGGGACAAAUGCAUAAUAUAUGCAAGGUUCGGGGUUCAAAUUCUGACCACCACAAAAAAAAGAUACAUUCUUGGUAAUAACUUUGAUAAGAAAAUUUUAUAGGAAUUUUUUUUCCUAGGUACUUUUAAAAAAGAUUUCUGAUUAACAUACAUAUUAUUUCUGAGAAUUAUUUAGAGAUUUAUAGGUAGUUACACAUCAAUUUAUUCUCCCCUCCAUGGGAAUUUAUUUCCACCCUUCUCCUUGGGAAUAAAACAACUUUCCUAACCCAAAAUCGUUUAUAUGAGAUGGCACGGGUCUCUUCUAGCUUAACCAAGGUCUUGGGUUCGAAUCCAGCCUUGGGCAUGCAGAUGCAGCAGCGUUAAAACUCUUAGAGAGUUUGCCGCCCAUUUGGGUGCCACAAGGCUCAAGGGAUUAGUCUCCGCAGUUGUGUGCGAAGAAGAUACCUAGUUUACAUAAAAAAAAAAAAAAAAACUUGGGCAUGCAGAUGCAGCAGCGUUAAAACUCUUAGAGAGUUUGCCGCCCAUUUGGGUGCCACAAGGCUCAAGGGAUUAGUCUCCGCAGUUGUGUGCGAAGAAGAUACCUAGUUUACAUAAAAAAAAAAAAAAAAAACAAACAUAAGAAUGCAUAUUUACUAUCCUUUUAUUCUUGGACAUCUACAAAGAUAACUUGAAACAAACACAUAGUUAAUUUCCCCCACCCUUUCUUGCAAAACCCUAGGUUUCAUAAAUCAUAUCGUAGAGUCUGUGAACCAAAGUUGUUUUUCUCUCUAACAGUUAAAUCUAUGUUGUGAAUAGCGUCAUAGACUUCCACGCCAUUGGCCUGCGAAGUGCUUGUGGCAGUCGUAGAUGCCGCAUAUAGUGGUUGAGUAGUGGUGCCAUCUCGCUUGCACAACAUUUUCUUGACCUUGUUUUGGUAGAAAAUUUAUAGAAAACUUUAAUUUUUGAAAUUGUUUCAAUUUAUUAAGGGUGUAUUGGUAUUUUCAUACCCUUUCAGUGACCUAAUUAUCUUAACUCACGUGUAUAUAAGAUUGCAAUUGUGGCCGCCGGAUCUUGUUUUUUCAUUCUUCUCUUUGAUUUCCUUCGAUCCAACAUUGCUACCCUGUUCCUUCAAUGGCAUCAUCACCAACUGCCAACAACAACAAGAUGGAUUAUUUUAAACCUACUCGUCGUGGAUCCACUGAUAUUGGUUGGUGGUGGAAUUCUUUCAAAGACGAGAAUCAAAAAACAAUUGUUUGUCAUUUCUGUGGACAUCCUUCAACUGGAGGGAUCACUAGAGCCAAAUAUCAUCAAUUAGGGAUCAAGGGACGAGAAGUGAAACCUUGUGAGAAAACACCUGAGGAUGUAAAAAUCCUUCUGAAAAAUUAUUUUGAUUCAAAGCAAGCCGCUAAGGAUGCGUGUUCUGGGCCUGCAAAGGGGUUGCCAAUGCAGACUCUGGAAAGUGCUCCAGCGCCUAAUUGUACAAAGGAACGGAAGAAGAGGGGUAGGCCUUUGCAGUAUGAAUUGGGAAGUAAGGCAGCGCUGUCACCUAUGCCAGUUUCGUUUGCAUUUCCGAUGACCGGAGAAUUUUCGGCCUCAAAUAGGGGUAGAGGAUUAAAUGAUUUUAAAGAUGAUGGGCCAUCAAACUCCAUUGGUUCCCAUUUCUCACAUCACGCCUUUAUAGUGAAUUCUGGCGAGGAUGUUGCUUCGAGAAUUUCCCUUCUAGCUCUGGAUUUCCAAGCUAUAUCCGUUCUAUCUGGAUCUGGCUCUAUUUCAAGUGUCACAAUUGAUAUGUCGGAUUCUGGUAUUGAGACUUUGAAAUAUGAGGGAAUUUUUGAUCUACUUUCCUUGACUGGCUCGUUUGAACCAAAUAAAGAUGGAUUAGUAUCUGGGAAGCUGACUGUCUCUUUGGCCAUAGGUGGCCGGGUUAUUCAGGGCCCACUGGCUGGUUCGCUGGUAGCUGCAGGUCCUGUGAAGGUUGUGGUUGCAAGUUUUUGUCCUCCAAAGACGCAGAAGCAGAAGAAAGGCAAGGAGAUUGCUGAUCAUUCCUAAUCAAUUGUCCCGCUGCAUAAACAUUUAGGGUAGGUUUGGUUGUGAGAAGAAAUGGAAAGAGAGAAAGAGUGUGAGAAGAUAAAAAUAGUUGAAAGCUUGUUUUGUAUUAUAUUAUCGAUUAUCGAUGGUCAAGACUCUAGGAACUCGUCAUUUGUUAAUGCACGAGCCUGUCUAACUCCCAAUCAUUUAGAAGUUGGGUAGAGUAUACUAUUAUUAAACCUAUUGAUCCUCCAUAUCAAGGUACAUUAUUGUUUUCCUUCAAUUAGUGUUUGGUAUUGUGUUGAGUCAUCAAUAUUUAGGCUUCAUUUAUGCUAUA